UGCUAUCUUUCGUGCUGGGACGGAAAGAAGAACCCAGCUUCCUUCUUCCCCAUCGCCGAGAUCGCCACCGCGGCUCUCCGAUCGAUCGAGGGUUAGAGUUUGUGGGGAUCGAGAUAGAUCGGAAAUGGGGCAGCAGUCGUUGAUCUACAGCUUCGUGGCCCGGGGCACUGUGAUCCUGGCGGAGUACACGGAGUUCCAGGGGAACUUCACUAGCAUCGCCGCUCAGUGCCUUCAGAAGCUUCCCUCCAGCAAUAAUCGGUUCACCUAUAACUGCGACGGACAUACCUUCAAUUACCUCGUCGAGGAUGGAUACACAUACUGUGUUGUUGCUGUUGAGGCACUUGGCAGACAAAUUCCAAUUGCCUUCCUCGAUAGGAUCAAGGAGGACUUCAACAAAAGAUAUGGAGGAGGUAAAGCUGCAACAGCUGUGGCCAACAGCCUCAACCGAGAGUUUGGGUCUAAGCUUAAAGAGCACAUGCAGUACUGUGUAGACCACCCCGAGGAGAUCAGCAGGCUGGCCAAGGUGAAAGCCCAGGUUUCAGAGGUCAAAGGAGUCAUGAUGGAAAACAUCGAGAAGGUUCUUGAUCGUGGGGAGAAGAUUGAGCUGCUUGUUGACAAAACAGAAAGCCUUCACUCUCAGGCACAAGAUUUCAGGCAGCAAGGGACACAGAUGAGGAGGAAGAUGUGGUUUCAGAACAUGAAGAUAAAGCUGAUUGUCUUGGCAAUUAUCAUUGCACUUAUCCUCAUCAUAAUCUUGUCGGUUUGCCAUGGCUUCAAAUGCUGAUUUGGAUGGAUAUACUACCACGGGUGCGACCCCUUCUAUACAUGACUGUUGCUUUUCAGCACAGAGAUAUCUUUUACAGAACUUGUUUGUUGAUGAUUUGUGGAUCGGUGUUCACCCUAUACAAAAGGGUAUUAUUGUUGUGUUAUGUUUGCCUGAUGAAUAUGUUAACUUCGUAUGUUGAUUAUAUGUGUGUAUAGCCUUAAAACAUUUUUCGCCAUAGGUGUAGCUCAAAUGAACUUUGGAUCUCCAUAUCGAAUAUAGCCGAACAUCAUUUUGUUGUGUCA